AACGCCAACAGCACCAAUUUAAUUGAUCAAUUGACAAUAACAACGGUUGUGUCAUCAAUAAUUAAUUAAUAAUAAGAACGUAAUUUAUCCUUGGGCAGUUUAACUCAGUGAUUGUUUAGGUGUACCCAGCGCACGAAUUAAUGAGUGAAGACGAGAUUGUCUGCUGCCAUGAAUUGAGUCAUUAAUGAUCAGUAUCAAAAAUCAGUCUUUUUUGUUGUUUGCAAAUAUUUAGCAGCCAUGAUCUCAUGGUCUAGGAAACAUCUCUUGCGAUUGUGGCUCGUGACAACAACGCCAAAGUGUCAAAUUGCCAUUGACACGACAAACGCAAGAGUCAAAUUCUGCUCGUACAAAUCGGUUGAGCUCCAAAAUAUUGUUAAGAGAGUCAAACCAUUUGGAAAAGUUGUCAUAGACGUCCCUUACGAUGUUGAGGUCAAGCCCACGUGUCCACACGAGCAUCCGGACAUGGACACUCUUCUCGUUAAAUUAGUCACUCAGAAUUCAGUGGGGACUGAACGAGAGGAUCUAGUCACUGUCAAUGUCACGGAUGAACUCUGCGAGAUCAAGGGGAAAGAGGAGAACAUCGGGGGCAAUGUCAGAUGUCUUAUUCAAGCGCCAGUUCGUUAUGACGUAGACAUAAAGACUAUUGGAGAUGCUAACGUGGAAGUCCACAACAUGAUAUCAGAUUUCAUAACUGUGCAAACUGAAUUCGGAAGCAUUACCGGCUCCAAAUUGCAGGGAAAGAAGAUCACAUUGUCUUCGAGUGAAGGAGGAUCAGUCACUGUUCAGAAAAGCAUUCAAGGGGAAAUUGAAAUUAAUACAGCUAAAGAUGGGUUUGUGGAUGCUGAGAAGUGCCUGGGAACGAAGUUGGAUAUAUCAACUGAGAAUGGAUCUGUUAGACUUGGAAGCAAUUACUGUGAGAAAGCUACAUUCACUACUCUUGAUGGGGACUUAAAUCUCAGUAAUCUUCACAUGGACAACAGCGUUGAUAUUAAUGGAAAAGGAAGCUUAAACAUUUCUUGUUUCGACGGUUCCCUUCAAGCAAAUCUCGGAGAAGGUCCAGCAAAAAUUCAACUGGCAAGAGUUACCAAGGACUCCACCAUUACCUCAAACGGUGACAUAAACCUUACGAUACCCGACAGCCUGGACUCCCAGGUAACAAUAAAAUCUCCGACCCUGGAGGUGGAUAAAAAGAUAAAAGGGACUUACGACAGAGACAGGAGAAAGUUCACAGGAGGCAAAGGGAACAGGACUUUCGCUGUGGAGUCGACUAGGAGGGUGCGGGUCCAGCAGUCGAGUUGGAUGGACACCUUUAAACUGGAGAAUACCCCGAAAUAAUGCAAUAGGGUGCCAUCAAAUGUAGAAUUAUAUGUACAGUUUUAUUAAAAUUAUUUACUCUA